AUGAGCGAUCUACCCGAGGACUUCCACGCGCUCCUUCGACGUCUUGAUGCUAUUUCGCUGGAAGAAUGCCCGGAAACGACGCCCUACGCGUCCCACUACCGCAUGAUCGAGGUCCUACAGAAGCUACGGUCUACGUCUCUGCCUCCAGAGGAAGACGCCAUUGCAGCCGCCAAACUCGGUGCCACAUUCCUAACAGUAGAAGAGCCACACAACGCCCAGCCGGCACUGGAAGAGGCCGCGAACUUCUUCUUUCCAGAGCUGGAGCUCGUCGUGUACGUGGCAGAGCUGCUGAACCAGCUUGGAGUUCUCUGGUCGAACAGGUCGAGGCUGCUGAGAGCGCUGUGCUAUCUGACGUCAAGCCAAAGGCUGAGUGCGACGUAUCAGGACCAUCAGGACGACGCGCUGGCAGCGACACAGACGCAGACGCACUUUUACUUGGCCCAAGUAUAUGGGGGUUUGGGUCUGGCGGACGAGUCGGCCACGUUCUGCUUGUCCACAUUGGAGCUGCAACUAUUGCAGUGUGUGGACGAUGCGCAGAAGGGAGAGACGUUGAGGUUCGCAGGGGCGUACGAGUGGGUCCGCAAUGCUCUGAAGCUCGUGGAGUUCUAUCUGGACACCGACAACCCCCGAGACGCGGCGACGUGUCUGAAGGCGAGUGAAUAUAUGCUGCUGCAUCAUGGAGAGAAGGACGAGGAAGACCAAAAGCUGCUGACUGCUGAGAUCUACGCGACGUGGAGUCGCCUGCACGUGACGACGCUGCGUCUAGCAGGCUUGAGGAGGGAAGGGUUUGACGUUGAUGAGGGGGAUACAGUCCUGCCUCGACCCAGCAGCAUGGAAGCGACGUUAGCGACGUUAGAGCAGACACAAGAGAGCUUUGACAUGACGUUUGUUCCGCCGUCCAGUGUGGAGUCCUUCGACCACGCGCGCGACGUGUUCAAGAUGGGGCUACGCGCGUGCACGCAAGCUCGACAAGUGUUCGUCCUGGACGGCUUCGUGACGCAACACGUGCGUCUCUUACAGCGAGAAAGCGCCUUGUACCGGCGCCUUCUCCCGUUCGAAGACGCCCGAGGACGUCGUGUGGCCAUGCAGAGACGACGUCUCGCUCUACUGACGCCGAUGCUGGGCGAUACGCUGAACGAACGCGCCUUUACGGACCUGUUGCAAGAACUGUACUUCGAGUGCGCCGAGAUCAACGCCGACGUCUUCGAGUUGAAGGAGGCGGGAGACAGAGCCAUGGCGUACCUAGUCAAGGCGGUGCAGUGCUACCAGCAGUUCCUACUGCUCUACUACCCGUCAACCAGCACGGACAACGCAGCUGAAGAUCCAGUCCGAGUUGGUGUGCUGCGUGGAGGGAAGGAGGUGUGUCUCCCUCCAGGGGACGCUCUGUCUCCCAACGAGUUCCGGACCUUGUUACUUGGCUACUUCGGACUUGCUCAUGCCUGCGGGAAGAUCUCGUUGCCGUCCGACACGGCCAAGACCGUAGGGUAUUGGCGACAGAGUCUCGCGUAUCACGAGGCGGUGACGGAGCUCGUGCGCAAGUACGAGACCAAGCACCACGGAGAGCAAGGCCAGGAGCUCCGUCGCAGCUUCCAGUCCGAGCUGCAAAUCUGUCGAGAAAUGGCGGAACUGCUGCCGGAGAAAAUCAACCAGCUCGUGUACAACGGCAAGGCUCUCUAA